UAAACAAAUACAAAAGGUUGAAAACCUCUUUAAAAAAGUCCUUUGCCACUGUCAGCCCAUAGUGAUCCAAAACCACCACCUUGUUCUUGUUUCCUGCUUCUUGUUACUUGAUCCCAUGUGAAAGACACUUAUAAAUAUAUUUCUCUAACACCCAACCCUCCAUCCAAACAAAAUCUACAAUCAUUUCCAGUUUCUCAAUUCUAAUCACCAACCUUUUUAUUUUAUUUAAUGGAAGCCAAUAAUGUAGUCGGCGCGGCGGCUCAGCCGCCAACCACCGUCUCAUCCUCAUGCGGGACUCUCGGCGGCCAUCUGGCGCGCCGGUUAUCCCAGAUCGGCGUGAAGGACGUGUUCUCAGUUCCAGGAGACUUUAACUUGACUUUACUUGACCACUUGAUCGCUGAGCCGAGUUUGAACCUGGUGGGCUGCUGUAAUGAGCUGAACGCCGGCUAUGCGGCUGACGGCUACGCGCGAGCCAAAGGGGUCGGCGCCUGUGUUGUUACGUUCACUGUGGGUGGACUGAGUAUGCUCAACGCGAUCGCUGGCGCUUAUAGUGAGGGUUUGCCGGUUAUUUGUAUUGUGGGUGGGCCGAAUUCGAAUGAUUAUGGGACGAAUAGGAUUCUUCAUCAUACGAUCGGGUUGCCGGAUUUUACUCAGGAGAUGCAGUGUUUUCGGACUGUUACUUGUGCUCAGGCAGUGGUGAACAAUUUGGAAGAUGCACAUGAACAGAUCGACACCGCAAUUUCAACCGCUUUAAAAGAAAGCAAACCAGUUUACAUCAGUAUAAGUUGCAAUUUACCUGGAAUUCCUCAUCCUACAUUCACUCGAGAGCCCGUACCUUUCUUUCUUCCACCAAUAUCAAGCAACCAAUUAGGGCUAGAAGCAGCAGUGGAAGAGACAGCCAAACUAUUAAACAAAUCCGUAAAGCCGGUCAUUGUAGCCGGUUGCAAAUUACGUGUCGCAAAGGCGCAAAAAGCUUUUAUGGAAUUCGCAAACGCUUCCGGAUAUCCAAUAGCGAUAAUGCCAUCAGCCAAAGGACUUGUACCGGAGCACCACCCGAAUUUUAUCGGGACGUAUUGGGGUGCGGUUAGCACCAGCUUUGUUGGGGAGAUAGUGGAAUCAGCCGAUGCGUAUAUCUUUGUCGGACCCAUCUUUAAUGAUUAUAGCUCGGUUGGAUACUCGUUAUUGAUCAAGCAAGAAAAACUGAUCACGGUGCAGCCUAAUCGUGUCACAAUCGGUCAUGGUCCUUCUUUGGGUUGGGUUUUUAUGGCGGAUUUCUUGAGUGCAUUGGCUAAAAAGCUUAAGAAAAACAGCACAGCGUUGGAAAAUUAUAAUAGGAUUUUUGUUCCUAGUGGCGUGCCUUUGAAAUACGAGAAAGAUGAACCUCUUCGGGUCAAUAUCCUCUUCAAACACAUUCAAGAAAUGUUAAGUGGAGAAAAUGCGGUAAUUGCGGAGACAGGUGAUUCAUGGUUCAAUUGUCAAAAGUUACGUCUCCCUGAGAAUUGCGGUUAUGAAUUUCAAAUGCAAUAUGGAUCGAUCGGAUGGUCUGUGGGUGCGACCCUCGGUUAUGCUCAAGCAGCUAAAGACAAACGUGUGAUCGCUUGUAUUGGUGAUGGUAGUUUCCAGGUAACAGCACAAGAUAUUUCAACUAUGAUUCGUUGUGGACAGAAUCCGAUCAUAUUCCUGAUCAACAACGGAGGUUAUACAAUCGAAGUAGAAAUCCAUGACGGUCCGUAUAAUGUCAUCAAGAACUGGGACUACACCGGUCUUGUCAAUGCUAUCCACAACGGUGAAGGCAAAUGUUGGACUUGCAAGGUUCGAACCGAAGAAGAGCUAGUGGAAGCCAUUGCAACAGCAACAGGAGCACAAAAGGAGUCGCUAUGUUUUAUCGAAGUAUUUGCGCACAAAGAUGACACAAGCAAAGAGCUACUGGAAUGGGGCUCGCGAGUCUCUGCUGCUAAUAGCCGUCCUCCAAAUCCACAGUAGUCACUCAAAUUAUCGCGCAAAAAUGACCAUUGCAGUUGUUCCUUCAAUGGCAUAAUAAUAAUAAUAAUAAUCUGAGUCUUGAUUGUAAAUAAGCCAUCGGUUUAAUGUUGUUUAGUGAUUGUUAACCAUGAGGUUUGUAAUAAGGAGUAGUUUCAAUGUUUGUGUUGGUUUGUCUUAUGGAUUUAUCUAAAGUUAUGGCUGAUUAUUUCAAGUUGUGCUCUCAA